AUGGACGCGCAAGUGCAACGUAUAACGAACGCGUUGGCGCUUGCCCGCGUGGCCGUCGAAGCCGACCGCAACGCCGAGUACGUCUCUGCCCUCUGGAAGUACAAAGAGUUGGUGGUGGCAUUGGAGGCGGAGCAGGCGCACCUGCCCGCCGAGGUGCGACCAGCAGCGGCCGAGCGCAUCGCCCGAUACCGUGCACGCGCCGUCGCCCUCGAGAAGUGCAUCCCAAAGAAGGCAGCGCGGCCGGGCAGCAACUUCGCCUCGCGUGGGAUCGGCACCCUGGUCCGCAAGGAGGUCGCCAAGGUCAACUUCGUGGAGGAGAUGAUCCACCCCGCUACGGCCAAGAUGAUGGAGGCGCCACCAAUCUCCAACCUGGCCCGACCAUUCUGGCUCAUCAAGGUGCUUAACACGACGAUCACGACGGGCGGCUUCAUCACACCGAAGCUCUACAUCUCGCGCACGGAGCCAGCAAGGCGCCAAAUUCACGGCGUGCAGCAAAAGAUCGCAGGCCUCCAGACUUUGCUCGAAGCCCUCUCCAAGCUUUCGCCGAACGAUUCCAGCAACAAAGACUUCUUCAUCCGACAACUGGAGGAGCUAUGCUCGGUCCUGGAUAGCGUGCAGAGUGGACUAUCGCGCCACCUGGCGUUCAUCAAAUCCAAGGAGGGGUCCAUUCUGAAGGGAAUGGCGAGAGGAGCUGGUCUACUCAAAACAGGUCUUGCCGGCGGCCAGAUGGAUGACUCCUACGUCCAGCUGCUCUCCCAGACCUUCCAAAAGGCCACCUAUUUCGAAAAUUGGAUCGUGCAGUGGGAGAAGGGUGCCAAAGAGGUGGUGGAUCUCCUGAAAAGAGUGUCAGACUUCUUCUACAACGUCAUCCUAGCCUUUGCUAUCAGGCACGGACACCUAACUCGCCCAACUCGAGCCGUUGACGUAAUGACUAAUCACGAUUGGCUGCGAUGA